CACUACAAAAAUGUAGAAUUGUGCUUCAUACUUGCAUUUCAUGAAAGUGAGGAGGCCAUUGCCCACUUGCAUUAUAGCAGAUCAUAAUAUAAGAGUUUGUUCCCUAUACUUUAGUGAUUAAUAUUCGCUUUGAAAUCAUCAGUAUGAAGAAAAUAAACAUAACGUAGCAAGGUCAAGGUACAUUUAAUUAUAUCUGGAAAACAGACACGCCAUAUCUAAAGGCAAGCAGCUUUAAUAAAAUGGCAGAUUUCGAAGGACGAAAUCCAGGAGAAUCCCUCGAGAGCUUCAUAGAUAGAGUUGUAAACCCGGAUUCAUCCUAUGUUACUCAAACAAGGUUGGUUAUACACACUGUGGCAGAUUUGAUGAGGUCCAAAAGUGUGGACCACAAAGUUGGCUCUACAGUAAAGGGUGGAUCACUUGGAAAGGGAACAGCUGUGAAAGGUCGUUCGGAUGCAGAUUUAUUAUUUGUUUACGCAGAUAUACCAUCGAUAGAUGCACUCCGGACCACGUUACCAAAAUUACUGAGAGAACUACAGUCUGCACUGGCACUUUCAAAGCAUAAGGUGACCUCUGUAAAACGCACACCGUUCACAAUACAGUUUGAAAUUGAAGUAAAUGGUCAGCUCAACGAGGUCGAUGUUCUUCCUAUUAUUCAAUUAGAUAUUGGAAAUUGGUCAAAAGCAAAGAUGAAUCCUAUAUACCAACAAAUGAAGACAAAUGAAGAACUCAGAGAAUAUUACUUUAAAUGUCUAGCCCCAUUGCAAGUGGAGUUCGUCAGCAAACAGGACGAAAAAAUAAAGAGAUCAAUACGACUUUUGAAGUACUGGAUAAAAACUCGUAAGCAUGUGUUGAAGUCGUAUGCGGCAGAACUGUUGGUUAUAAAGGCAUAUGAAGAAAUGGGCUCCCCACAAGUUGGUAAAAUGAAGUCACUCGAAUUGAUGAAAACUGUCUUUACGAAACUUUCAGACCUUAAAAGCUUGACAGUGUCAUGGGACAAAUAUUAUACACCAUCAACUUAUUAUCUACCGUCUCCGCCUUACAUACUUGAUCCAGCCUUUCCAUUUCAUAAUCUAACCAGGCAGAAGUCGGGCAUUGAUGAAAAAUACGUCCAUCUUGAGCGAGAUGCUAAAAAAUUCUUAGCAAAUUUGAAAUAAAAACUUAAUUAUAUUUAGUGCUUACAUGUACAUGUGUCUACUGUGAAUACUCUUUGAGUUACCAGAGUCGACGCAAAAUGUGCAAUAUGGCAUAACAUUGACGUUGCAUUUUCAAGGAAAAAUAUCAGGCGCUAUAGAGAAUGCAUUUGUCUGUUUAACUUAUAAUAAAACACACCUUAGAUGUAUAUUUUAUGUUGUGUGUCUAAAAUUUUAAUAAGACCACACAUUGAUUGAAUCAUGGAUGUCCGUCAGAAAACUCAAAGUUUUUGUCAAAAUAUUUGUCUACAGUCGAUCCGUCUUUAUUUUUGAUGCAGUGUUUCUUGGAUCAAAGCAAACGCUGGUAAUAAUUUGUGGUGACUAGGAAUGAUCAUAAAACAAUUAUGAAAAGUGACAUAAGCCAUAUUUUAUUUGACAAGACUGAACAUUUAUGUCAUACAUGGUAUAUAGAAUAAUAUUACUGUAUUAAGUGUACAUUUUGUACACGUAUUACACAUAGAUUACUUUUUCUAGUAGAAUACUAACUCAACAGAUUCUAAUGAUAUGCACUUGGUCAACGUUGUUGUAUUGAUAUGUUGUGAUCGUAGCAUGAUGUGCUAAACAAAGCUGCUAUUGAUAUUUAGAAAUGGAACUGAUACAUAUAAGGUUAUGCAAUUGUAAACGAUCUUGCUCUUGUUUGAUAUCGUCCUACUUUACCACGAGUGCAUAUAUUCAUAUUAUUCUUUUGUUAUACUACUUAUGCUUAGUUCUACUUAAAAUCAUACCGCUGAAUUAAAUAACAUAUUACCAAACGAUUUUGAUAUGGCUAAUUUAUGGGUGGUUAAUGUCCAGUGGAAAAUAUAACAUGCAUAUCCAGGAGGUGAUUGGGUUUAUACUAUCGUACUAUAAGAAGUUGGAAUAAAUUAGUUAAAAGACG